AUGACUCGUCUGUUGACGGUGCAGUCUAAGGUCGCCAGAUCUCCUCGUCGCCCAUACGAGAAGGAACGUCUCGAUCAGGAAUUGAAAUUGAUCGGAGAAUUCGGUCUUAAGAACAAGAGAGAGGUAUGGCGUGUCAAGUACACCCUUGCCAAGGUCCGUAAGGCUGCUCGUGAGCUUCUCACUUUGGAAGCCAAAGACCCCAAGCGUCUUUUCGAAGGAAACGCUCUUCUCCGUCGUCUCGUCCGCAUCGGAGUAUUGCCAGAGGAUAAGAUGAAGCUCGAUUACGUUCUCGGAUUGAGUGUUGAGGAUUUCCUCGAGAGACGUCUCCAAACCCAAGUCUUCAAGUUGGGACUUGCCAAGUCUAUCCACCACGCCCGUGUUCUCAUCAGACAACACCACAUCAGAGUUCGUCGUCAAAUCGUUGAUGUCCCAUCUUUCAUCGUUCGUUUGGACUCCCAGAAGCACAUUGACUUCUCUCUCACUUCUCCAUUCGGAGGUGGACGUCCCGGUCGCGUUAAGAGACGUAACGCCAAGAAGGCUGCCGAUGCUGGAGGCUCCGGAGAUGAAGAGUAA